AUGAUCCUGUGCACACGAGCAAUCAUCGCAAGCUCGCGUACUUAUGAGAUCAAGGUCGACGCUGUCAUAAACCGCCAGGCCGCGCUCCGCAAGGUCUCACAGGCAGCGUCGCGGCUACGGUCGUCGCUGCUGGGCGUCCGCCUCGCCCCGACCAACAAGUGGCCGCAGGUCCAGCGCCCGCUGGCUGCCGUCGUCCGUAACCUUAGUGCGCUCUCGACUGCCGCAUCCACCGUCAACGAGGUGCCCAAUCCUGAUGCCAUCAUCCCGCAUACGGCCGGCCUUGCCGUCUUUCCGCGCCAGCUCCCGCCCACUCCAGCCGAGCUCCUCGCCCUCCCCAACUUUCUGGCCUCCAAGCUGCUGCUGGACAUGGAGGACGAGCUGACCACCCGAUCAAAGGCCCUUGGCCCCUCCCCACCCGACCACGAUGCGCUACUUCCUGCUAUCCGCACCUACAACUCGUCGCUUGCCGCUGUCAUCGCUGCCGUCUCGUCGCACACGGCUGCUACCUCCUUCCGCCUCCGCGUCCCCUCGCGCGUCCGCGCCGUCUACGAUGAGAGCGCUGCCCUGUUCAACAUGACCGUCGACAUGCGUGGUCGCCCUGUCACCUCGAAUUCGUCGUCCUCGCAACAGCCGCCGUCACGCAAGCGCGCCCGCCCCACUGAUUCAGAGCACGCCGCCGACGACGACGACGAAGACAUCAUGUCGUCCUCGCUCCUGCCCAACCCCAAGCGCCACAAGCCGCUCUCGGCCUCAACCACACCCGCGCCUCUUCGCCCCUAA